AUGGGCAGAAAAUUGCGCAAUCGUCUUUCUCAGCAAGCAUUCCGAGCACGACAAAAUUCGGAUAUCACUGAACUGAAGGAGCGUCUAGCCCAGUUUUCCAAAUCGGAGAGCGACCGUAACAGAAUUUUAGCUCGCGAGAAUCAGGUGCUUCGACAGCAGUUUUUUCAUUGCGAGUACAAGCUUCGUAGCCUCCAAGCCACAUUAAAAGACAUCAUCAGCGACGUUGCAAUCGACCGAAAUACUGAGCGAGGACUGGACGACAAUAAUUCACCACCACAGUCACCGCAAGUUGAUAUGGGGACGGGCGAUUCGCAUUCAAGUGCACAGGGCGAGGUCCGAGAUGAGCAUUUCAAUGCCUUCAAUGCGUCCGCUAGCGCGUACGACAUUGAAUUAAGCAAUACCAUCACUGAGUCAGCUGGCGCAUCGAACGUCUCCGAGCCACAGCAUGAGAUCAGUAAUUUUACAAAUGUUGUGAUGCCUGCCAUGGGCAAUUGCAGUCUGAGGGCACUAUCUCUAACAAAAGCUACUGUAGCCUCCCCUUCUCUCGGUCGGCCGAUUGGUGAUGGGCUGGAGACUCUCAUGAACAUGGAAAGAUCUGAGUCGAUGGAAACAGCACCGGCUGCGCCGUGCGUCCCGAUCUCAACGGAAUUGCCAUUGUAUCGCAGCCUUCAAGCCAUGGCUCGCUCUGCGUAUUCUGAACAUAUCCAUGCCUAUGAAAUGUGUGUUGUGAUGAGUUACUCUGGUGACAGUCAACCCCCAGACGUGCGGAGCCUUCAUAAGGUGGCCACGGCUUUAGUCGAUACAUUCGUCAAAGUUGCUUGGCAAUGGAUGGAGCCCUGGAUGAGAAACACAAACGGCGAAGAACAACUUGCCAGACUCACGGCGUGGAGAAUAUGUCCUAAUCCCGAUACCUUGGCUGCACUACCCUCUUUUCUGGCACCAACACCUUUACAGGCUGCUGUUCCGCAUCCCGCUGUCAUCGACUGGUGCAUCUUCCCAUUUUUGAGAAACAAACUCAUCCAAUAUCACUCCUCCGAUUCUGCACUGGACGAGAUCUGUGGUUAUAUCGGCAUGGCUUAUGUAGUACAGGCAGAUCUGUCCGAAUUAGUGGUCGACGCGAAACCAUUGAGUGUUACUCUCAGUGUCUGUGAUAUCAUUUUCGGCAUGGAGAGUAAUCAGUCGCUCUGGGGAAAUACGGACACCAGCGAAGACCAUCAAAUCGACUUACCCGCUCCUAGCCUUCAUGCGUUACUACAUACCAGAGAAUAUGCUGGGGCAAUGUACCGUCAUUUUGGAAUCAAGAAUGGCAUAGAAAGAUUUUACGUCGACCCCGAACUAUUCAAGAGGUAUCCACAUCUUCGUGAGGCAGACUCGAAAAUUGCUCAAGGAUUACCCCUCAGGUCUGGCAACAACUUCUCUUGGGUUGUUCCUAGAUCUCUUGAUGAGGUAACCAUGAGGUCUUACCGUCAAUGUGUUUCUCGACAAGUAAUUCGGGACAGUCCACGAGUGGCUAUGGAAGUUUGGUGA